UCCAGACUCUCUGCCCAAAUCAAUCCACAGUUGAAACUUCUCCUUCCUUUGUAAAGUAGAAGACCCUGCCGCUUGGAAGCGCCACCAUACGCGGGGGCUCUGCAGGAGGAGAAGGGACCGAGGGGAGGGGACAGGACAAAGAAUAAAUAUGGCUGAUCUUUCAGAGCCAGAAGGUACUAUAAACUGGAAGGAAAGAUGUUUAACUCUGGAGUCACAGUUAAUGAAGUUUCGUCUCCAGGCAAGCAAGAUCAGAGAGUUGUUAGCGGAGAAGAUGCAGCAGCUUGAGAGACAAGUUAUAGAUGCUGAUCGUCAAGCAGAGAGGGCUUUUCAGCAGGUGCAAGUUAUGGAAGAAAAAUUAAAAGCCGCUAAUGUUCAAACAAGUGAAUCAGAAACCAGGUUGUAUAAGAGGUGUCAAGAUCUGGAGAUGCUGAUACAAGAAAAAAAUGACACAAUACAAAAAUUGGAGCAACAACUUGAAGAACAGAAGCAAAUAAGACUGCAAGAAGCUAAAAUCAUAGAAGAAAAAGCAGCUAAAAUAAAAGAAUGGGUGACAGUCAAGCUCCAUGAGUUAGAAGUGGAAAAUCAGAACCUUCGCUUGAUGAACCAAAAGCAAACCAAAGAGAUGAAAACAGUACAGUCUAAACUGCAAGAAGCCACAAGCAAGAAAUCGGUUACUUCACAAAAACCCGGAGAAGGUCAGCGACUAAGCGGUUUGACUUUUGGAUGCUUUUCAAACCGAGCAAGAAGUCCUCAACCAUCUCCUACAUUUGAAGAAAUAAGCAAGUUUUCAUCUAAAGAGUCAGACAACACUGAAAGCAAAAACGUGCUAGAGAAGGAUAUCCUGGAAACUACCUUUCCUGGUCCUGCACAUGAGAGCAAUAAAAGUCAAAAAUCAUUGCAACAAAGUUCCUCUGGAUCAGAGCAGAAUAAAAUUGUGAGCGUGAGCUAUUCAUCAAAAGAUGUAGACAGUGACAUGUCGAAGAACUCCUGCACUACCGGAAGUGACUGGAGCUCAGACGAGGAUGGAAGAGACAAUAAAGGACUAAAAUCCAGGUGUGCAUCGACUCCCUCAAGCCACACAUCUGAAGAGAACACAAAGUACAGCAGAAUGGGGAGCGAAAUGUAUUUGACAGCAUCUGAUGACAGCAGCUCUCUCUUUGAAGAGGAGAGCUUUGGUGUCCAAAGGACUCAGCAGAAAAAGUUGUACUCCUGGCAGCAAGGGUCGCAAAGAAAAGGCCAGAGCCUUCCACCUGGAAAGUGCACCUCAGACUUAAGUAAAAAGAAGGACCAAGAUAGCUCUUCAGAUGAACUGAAUAAGAAAUUUCAGUAUCAGAGAUUGGAUUAUUCAUCCUCAUCCAGUGAGGCAAAUACCCCAAGUCCAAUUUUAACCCCUGCUCUUACACCUAAACACCCAAUUCUAGCAACUUCUGCAGGUUCUCAGUGCAUAACACCGUCAGAUUCUCCCUCAAAUUUGCCACCACCAAAGUUACGGACUCCCAAUGUGUUUAGUAUAAAUUUAGCAUUGGCAAAAAAGCAUUUAAGCCAGCCCCAGUUGAGUUCUGACAGGAUGUUUGGUAGAAAUAGAAAUGCUAUAAGCAUGAUCCGUCCAUGGAGACCUCAGGAAACGGACAUUGAUCUGCUGGAUGGAGAAGAUGCAGAUAUUUUAGAGAAAAUGGAGAUUGGCUGUGACAAAGGAGUGUUUACCUAUGAUUGCACUGAAAUACAGAAUGCUGAAGCCCAGGAACCUUGUGAUAUGACAAAAAAGGGUGCUAGCAACAAACCUCCAACCCCUCCGUUACAUCGAUUUCCCUCCUGGGAAAGCAGAAUUUAUGCUGUAGCCAAAUCUGGCUUAAGGAUGUCUGAAGCUUUCACCGUGGAAUCUCUUAGCAAAAGUGCUGUUUCACUACCUUCAUGUUCCGUAUCUGGAUUAUAUACAUCUCUGAUAUAUAAGAACAUGACCACUCCUGUCUACACCACUUUGAAAGGGAAGGCAACUCAAAUAAGCAGCAGCCCAUUCAUAGAUGAGUCUUCAGGAUCAGAGGAGGAAGACAGCUCUCGGUCCAGCUCAAGGACUUCUGAGUCCGAUUCUCGAAGCAGAAGUGGCCCAGGUAGUCCUCGGGCUAUGAAACGAGCAGAUUGCAUCGUUUCAUGCAUGGAAGACUUUCUUAACCACAAACACAUAGGUGUAUCUCUGUCUUCUAUGACCUCAGAAAGUGACUAUGCUAUUCCUCCAGAUGCAUAUUCAAUAGAUACAGACUAUUCAGAGCCAGAGCAGAAACUUCCUAAAACCUCUUCCUCAUCUAGUGAUAAUGGAAAAAAUGAACCUUUGGAAAAAUCUGGAUAUCUAUUAAAAAUGGGUGGUAAAGUAAAGACCUGGAAACGACGGUGGUUUGUGCUUAAAGGAGGCGAAUUACUGUACUACAAAUCUCCAAGUGACGUAAUUCGAAAACCUCAAGGUCAAAUUGAGCUAAAUGCAUCUAGCCACAUUGAAAGGGGUGACGGAAAACAAACAAUUCAGUUGACCACAGAAAAACGAACAUAUUACCUGACUGCAGAUUCUCCAAACAUCUUAGAAGAAUGGAUCAAAGUACUACAGAAUGUUCUUAAAAUACAAGCUGCUAGUCCCCUUUUCAUACAGCCUGAAAUCAAGCCAACCAUGAAAGGAUUACUUACAAAGGUGAAACAUGGAUACUCCAAAAGGGUUUGGUGUACCCUAGUUGGAAAAAUUCUGUAUUAUUUCCGUAAUCAAGAAGACAAGUUUCCUCUUGGUCAAAUCAAGCUUUGGGAGGCUAAGGUUGAAGAAGUUGAUAGAUCAUGUGAUUCCGAUGAAGAUUAUGAGGCUAGUGGCCGCAGUUUAUUAUCAACACAUUACACUGUUGUUAUCCAUCCCAAAGAUCAAGGACCCACUUAUCUUCUUAUAGGAUCCAAACAUGAGAAGGACACAUGGCUUUAUCAUUUGACAGUUGCAGCUGGAAGUACCAGUGUAAAUGUUGGAUCUGAGUUUGAAAAACUUGUUUGCAAAUUAUUAAAUACAGAUGGUGAUACCACUUCUCAGAUUUGGAGACAUCCUACCCUUUGCCACAGCAAAGAAGGAAUUGCUUCCCCUCUUACAACAUUACCGUCAGAGGCCUUGCAAACUGAAGCAAUUAAAUUAUUUAAGACCUGCCAGUUGUUUAUAAAUGCCGCAGUUGACUCUCCUGCCAUUGAUUACCAUGUAUCUUUGGCCCAAAGUGCUUUGCAAAUCUGCCUCACACACCCUGAACUUCAGAAUGAGAUCUGUUGCCAGCUUAUUAAGCAGACUAGACGUCGACAUCCACAAAACCAGGCAGGACCAAUACAGGGCUUGCAGCUCUUGGCUCUCUGCGUUGGACUCUUUCUCCCCCAGCACCCAUUCCUUUGGCUUCUUAAACUUCAUUUAAAGAAGAUUGCAGAUUCCAGGACUGAAUUUGGGAAAUAUGCAAUAUAUUGUCAGCGCUGCGUAGAGCGUACCCAGCAGAACGGAGACCGAGAAGCCAGACCUUCCAGAAUGGAAAUCCUUUCAACCCUUCUAAGAAAUCCCUACCACCAUUCCUUGCCCUUUAGCAUUCCAGUUCAUUUCAUGAAUGGCAUAUAUCAGGUUGUUGGCUUUGAUGCCUCAACCACAGUGGAGGAAUUUCUGAACACCCUGAACCAGGAUACAGGAAUGAGGAAACCAGCUCAGUCAGGAUUUGCACUAUUUUCAGAUGAUCCCUCUGGCAAGGAUAUAGAGCACUGUCUUCAAGGGAACAUCAAGAUCUGUGACAUUAUUUCAAAAUGGGAGCAAGCCUCCAAAGAACAACAUCCUGGGAAAUGUGAAGGCACAAGGACUGUCCGCCUUACUUACAAAAAUAGGCUCUACUUUGCAGUUCAAGUCCAUGGGGAGACAGAAAGAGAGAAGCUGCUGUUAGUAUAUCAGACAAAUGAUCAAAUAGUUAAUGGACUUUUCCCUGUGAACAAAGAACUGGCAAUGGAAAUGACAGCUCUUUUAGCGCAGAUAGAGAUUGGAGAUUUUGAAAGGCCGUUCUCAACUCCAGCAGGGCAGGUCACUUCCCAAUCCAAGUCCAAUCAAACAUUAAAACAAGUUUUGGAGAGAUUCUAUCCUAAGAGAUACAGGCAUGCUUGUUCAGAGGAACAAUUAAGACAGCUUUGUCAGCGAUUGUCUACAAGAUGGAUGGCUCUCAGGGGGCACAGUGCUGCAGACUGUGUGCGCAUUUAUCUCACUGUAGCCAGAAAAUGGUCUUUCUUUGGUGCUAGAUUGUUUGCAGCAAAACCUGUAGCAACAUCGUCACUUGAGAAGUCCUUCAUAUGGUUUGCUGUACAUGAAGACGGCAUAAGCAUCCUAGAUUACAAUUCUAUGCGAUUAACAGUUACAUAUACAUAUAAGAGUCUGAUGACUUUUGGAGGCUAUCAAGAUGAUUUUAUGUUGGUUGUUAACAAUGCUCAGACAAAGGAAAAAUCAACUGAAAAACUCCUUUUUGCCAUGACAAAACCAAAGAUUCUUGAGAUCACUCUACUGAUUGCCAGCUAUAUUAACAACUUUCAUCAGCAAAAAGGAGCUGCUCAUCAUCUCUCUGCUCCAGCACUACUGACACCUCAAGCUGGACAGAAACUCAAGGAAAUGGGGAGUCAGCCACUUCUUGCAAACAACAGACCAACUAAAUGUCCCACUUUGUUAUGAAAGGAUUAGAUAUCAUGAUAAUGUGCCUUUAUUAUAUGGUUUCUAUACUGAUUAAAUACUUUCUGAUAUGCAAGAUAUACUUCAUAAGCAGGUCUAUAAACAAAAGAAAGGUGGACAGGUCUACAUUCAUUUCAUUCAUAUAUAACAGGAGCCCUCCUUUAUUUAAAACCUGGCUUGAACUGGAAUGAUGAAGAUGAGCCAGUUUCUGGAUUCUGCUUUACUGGGGGUGGCUUGUCCCUACAGCUCAGAAAUAAACGUGUCUGUUAGCUCCCCUACCUGGGGAAAGGUGGCCUUAAGAACAAUUGUAUAGUUUUAGUCAUUUUCAAGAUGUUCUCUCAGGGACCAAACCAUCUUCAACUCUUCAUCUCUAUUUUUCAAAAUUAUACAAGUUGUAGAACCUUCAUUACGAAAAAGAAAUUUGAUUUUAAAAGAAAGGGCAAAUAUAAAGUUUUCCACCUCCAGCACCCCUCCUUAUUUGUAAUACAAGCACCACGGGACUAAAAAGAAUGAAUUAAUUUGUUUCUACUUUUUGUUUUUUUUAAAGGACAGAAACACAUCAUAUAACUAUCGUAAAUCUAAAGCAUAUUCUCAUGAAUACUUUUAGCCUUUGUUAUAAAGCUAUUUACUUGGCAAAACUUUAGCCUUGGCCUGGUAAAUUUCUAAAUAAUCCCUCUCUGCCCCUAGCAUUUUGGAAAAGUCUAAAUUGGACAAGCACUGAAUUUAGCAUAGUUUUCUUAAACAAGAACCCCUACCUAAUUUCUUCUUUAACCCAAAAUAAUAAUAUAAUCCAGAUACAAGAAUGACUCGCACUUCAAAACACAAGAAUAACACAGAAAGCCAUUGUUGGAAUUGCUGUGUGUAACUUUGGAGAUAUAAGUGACAUAUAGUAUCUGAUGUGUAUAAUGUAUAUACAAUGAUUCAGAAUAAUAUUCUGUAAAAGUUGUAUUGUUUGUUGUUUUCAUUGAUAUCCAUACAUUUCAUAUUGUAAUACUAAUAUGAACUUCUGGGACACUGAAGGACAUAAUGCUACAACUGUAAUGUUGGACCUGGGAACACUUCCCAGUUCCCUUUUUUGUUUCCAUCCCCACAUUUUAGUUUAUGUGCAAAGAAACCACAUCUGUACGCGUUGAAAUGGAUAAAACAUCCAUUUAGAGCAGUAUUAGAGCAUACUCUAAUAGACAGUUUAGAUGCCGCCAUAAGAGAGGAUAGUCAAGCGUAAAUCAUUGAUUUAUGUAUGUUCCGUAAUUUCCACUUUUGCGCUUGCUAAUAUUCAUGGAUGUUUUAAUCACUUAUUAAUGUGAGUGUUAGCCCUCCUAUUUUUUUAAUUACUUAAAGCUGCGGUACUUAAAGCUGCGGUAAUUUCAUUGUGAUGAAUUUUAAUAUUUGAAGGUUGAAGAUCUCCUUUGUUUUAUAAUACGACAUUUCAUACACAUGCAUAUGCAGACUGAAAGAGAUUAGUAAUUUUCAGCAGUAUGCCCUCUAUGAAAGGCACAGAGUAUCUUGCUAAGGAAUUGAAAAACUUUAGAAGGGAUAUAGUAUUUUAAAAGAACAUACCAUUAAAAACUGGAAAGAGAAGUUGAAAGAGUUAACAGAGUCUUGUGAAAGUUUUCAAAAUCCUGCCACAGCUCCAGCACCAUUUUGGAAUGAUGCUAAGAGUUAAUGCUUUGUCUUGAAAAUUACAAGCAAAUAAUGCACAUAUUAAAUCUGGAUGCUUUCACUUUUGAAAUGAGGAAAGAGGUUCCUGAUCGCUUCCACCCUUUGAAAGUGGUUGUGGCACUAGAAGGCAUUUCUAGAAGGCAUGGGAAGCUACAAGAGGCCCUGGCACCAACUACAGCAGCUUUUUGUGCAUAUCCCCUGGUGAAGUGAUGCUAGCCAGACAGCGAGGUGUAAUUGGGUUUGGAAUCAACAUCCCUUUGAGAUCAGUAGAGUAGUUAACUUUCACAGAUGUUGCCUUUAGGCUUUUUGCAAAUUCAAACAGAUGCUACUGCAUCAGUUAGUUACACUUAGGUCAUAGUCAAAAGCUGGGAUGAUUAGAGAUGUAGAAACCAGAACAAUCCUCAUGUCAUCACAAAGUUAUGACAGAAAUCAACCCAGACUACUACACUUAGUAAUUAUGUUUUAAUUUAUAUUGGAUUAUUUCCUUUUUCUCUGUGUAUUUUCUAAUGUUUGGGGAAAAAAAGAUAUUGUAGUUAUAUAU